AUGCCUUCUCUUCCUGUCAUCGACUUCUCAGUUUACUACAAUGGUAGUGAGCCAGAAAAGGCCCAGUUAGCCUCAACCAUUGCCUCUGAGCUCCGUAAACAUGGAGCCAUGCGCCUGAUCAACACAAGGAUUCCGUCAGAGAAGAUUGCCGAAGGCUUCGAAUGGGGCAAAAAGUUCUUUACUCAGCUUCCUGCAGCGGAAAAGGAGGCUAUCCCGAAUGAACGCAACGCCAAUCCUCAGCGAGGAUGGAGUUAUGUUGGAUCAGAGAACACUUCGAAGCUUGACAUGGUGGAAAACGAGGGCCUCGAAGAUGAAAAGGAACACUUUGACCACAGCUCUGCAGCAGACACAGAGUUCCCUAGCAAGUGGCCGGCUGAAUCCAGCAUCCCAGGGUUCCGGGACUACAUGGAAGACUUUCUGCAGCGAUGCCACGUCGUGGGCCGCGAGGUCAUGGCCAACCUGGAGCAGGGUCUUGGUCUCGCUCCAGGAGACCUCGUCAGCCGCUGCUGCACUACGCCCGUCAUUGACGAGCUUCGCAUGAACUACUACGCGCCCAUCUCCACGCAGAAGCUCAACACAGGCAAGUAUCGCCGUGCCUGGCCACACACGGACUUUGGCAUGAUUACAUUGCUCUUCCAAGACGACGCGGGCGGCUUGGAAGUAGAGGACCGCUACAGCUCCAAGCCGGACACAUUCAUCCCACUCCCUCAUGAGCAUCCUACCGAGAUGCUUGUGUAUGUGAGCAACAGUCUUGAACACCUAACCAACGGGUACCUCAAAGCUGGGCUGCACCAGGUGGCGACGCCGAUUGGGAUGCAGGACGUGGCGAACGGCACCUUGCCCGAGCGUCAGUCGAUUGCUUGUUUCCUCAAGCCCCAUCGACAUGUAAAUGUUGGGCCUAUGAAGCAAUUUGUCACGGCGGAGAGGCCAAAGGUCUUUGAUGAUUUGACGGGCUUGGAGCUUCAUCGGAUUCGUGUUGGAAAGCUCUAUGGAGCUCCUAUUGAGACACAAUGAAAGAAAGCAGUUGAUAUAUGGAUCACUGGACAGUUUGCUUGGUUGUUUGUGUGUUUUCACGAUAGCUAGAAGCCAGGAUAAAAGCCAAUGAUAUGUAGAUAGCCCGUAUACAUGUUGUCGAGAUUGUUUUGUUCAUUCUACGAUUCUCUAUCAGAGAGGGCGGCAGCUUCGAUCAUCGUCAAUGUCUAGUGUUCCGAUUCGGUGGGUUUUCUAAUCUCAAUUAGCUUCGUUUGCCACUGUUAAAUGGCGUGCCCGAAUAUUGGUCCGCCACUCAGCAAGAAUGUUUGCUCAUUACGCGGAUACAGUUGAAAAGUUUGCUUUUCAGUGCUGGUUUUGCUGCCGGCAAUUUGUCCAUCAAGCUAUUUACGCCACUGCUCUUCGCUUAGCGUCUUAGAGAGAGAGAAAUCUGCAAGUUUAGUGUAAUUACGCGAUUUGGUCCUUCUUUUGGGGGGGGAUGCAGCUCGAGAGACGGACCUGCACUGGCGACCGUGUUCCAGACCGUGUCAGCCAGCAGCUGCCGCUUAGUUGCAUAUUUUGUUCCCGG